GGGAGCUGAUGGGAAAUGUAGUUCCUACUAAAAACAUUGCUCGACGAAGCAAGAGGUGUCGAGUUAAAAAUGUAACAUGUGUUUAAUGUUCUAGUUUGUCUUAACGUGCCUGUCGUUUGAAAAUGAAAUCAACAACCCUAGUAGGUCACGUUUCAAUAUCUAUCAAUAGUACUUGGAAAAUGUUACCAAAACUUGCAUACAUGUGUUUUAGCUAGCUAACCAGAUUAUCACUAAAAUAGAUAACAAGCUAAUGUUGUUAGCCACGGUCCGUCCCACUUGCAGCACAACUGUCUCCUAUGCUUUACACUGUUUCAAAAUAACCUCGCCUUAUUUCGUUGAGAGUACCGCGGUCAUCACUCGGAGCGGUAACAAGACCGUGCCCCGUGCCGGUUUAGCCACAACGUUAAAAACUAGGAUGGAGGGGAGAGUGUUGAGGGCGCACGUGAAACAGGAGGAAGAAGUUUCGAGCGUAUCAAAUCAGAGUUUGGGACGAGACGCUUCAGAUAUUGGCUCCUCUAGGUUCCGUCGCUCAUCCAUUGGCCAAUCACAAGCUGAGCCAGACAAAGCCCUGUCCCUGUUACCACUGGCACCCAUCCUGCGUAGGAGGCGGGGCCAGGUGAAGGUGGAAUACGAUGGGAAGGAGGAGCCUAAACACUGGGAGCCUCCUGAUUGGAGCAAGCAGCUGGGUCAUGUGCGUCAGAUGAGGAGCGCCAGGGACGCGCCUGUUGACCUCAUGGGGGCGGAGAAAUGCUACGACACACACGCCCCUGAUGAGGUGCGACGUUACCAGGUGCUGGUGUCUCUGAUGUUGUCAAGCCAGACAAGGGACCAGGUGACCAGUGCGGCUCUGCAGAGACUCAGGGCUCAUGGCUGUACAGUGGACAACAUAGUCAACACUGACGAUGACACACUGGGACAACUCAUCUACCCUGUCGGCUUCUGGAAGACCAAGGUGAAGUACCUGAAGCAGACGUCAGUGAUGCUCCAGAGGGAGUUUAGAGGGGACAUUCCGAACACAGUGGAGGGCCUGGUACGACUACCUGGAGUAGGACCCAAGAUGGCUCACCUGGCCAUGGACAUCGCCUGGCACCAGGUCUCUGGCAUAGGCGUGGACACACACGUCCACCGUAUCUCCAACCGGCUGGGAUGGACGAGAGGUGGGACCAAGAACCCAGACGAGACACGCAAGGCCCUGGAAGACUGGUUACCAAGGGAUCUAUGGAGUGAGAUCAACUGGUUGCUGGUGGGGUUUGGUCAACAGGUGUGUCUACCUGUCAAUCCUCUCUGCUCCGUGUGUCUGAACCAGCACAGCUGCCCCUCCGCCCACCAAGCCUCCCCAGCCAAGAGGCCUAAAGCUGGGUCACCUCGCUCACCACACUCCCCCAAGACUUCCAGGGUCAAGCUGGAGCCUGGUUCUCUUGGUUUGGGGUUACCACCCCCUUCAGCCACACCGGUCAAAGAGGAACCUCUGGCUACCACCCUCUCCCACCCAGAAAGAGAAAGUUGAAAGCCAAAACCUUCUCUACAUGAUACGACAGAAGAGGGUAGCAUCCCUUCAGAAAUGUCAACUGCCUUGUUCAGGGGCAGAACGACAGAUUCUUGUCAUCUCGUGGAUUCGAUCACUGGCCAAACGCCCUAACCUACCUACAAUACCACUGAUGUGUAGGGGUCAGAGGUCCAUUUGGAAUUAACAAUGUGUGUAAAACACCUGUUACUCAGCCACAAGUGAUUGAGUUCCCCCUGGAGACAAGGUGGUUUGGUGACCACUGCCUUGCUGGAUCCAACUGACUGUCAGGGUCCUAAUCUGAGUUUAUGGGUAGAAUACACUUGAUAUCAUUUCACCCUUAAGUGAGUUGAUAUUAUCCAUUAAUAUACAUGCAACAACUUCAGAGUUACAGUUCAUAAGGAACGCAGUCAAUUGAAAUAAAUUAGGCCUGAUCUAUUGAUUACAUGUGACUGGGCAGGGGCGCAGUCAUGGGAGGGUAUAGGCCCACCCACUGAGCCAGACAAUCAGAAUGAGGUCCCCCCCCCCCCCACAAAAAGGCUUUACUACAGCCAGAAAUACUUGUUUCAUCAGCUGCCAGGUGGCUGGUCUCAGACGAUGCUGCAGGUGAAGCCGGAUGUGGAGUUCCUGGGCUGGCAGGAUUACAAUUCCUGGUUGUGAGGCCGGUUGGAAGUACUGGCAAAUUCUUUACAAAUGACUUUUUGAUGCGGGAAACAUUAGAGAAAUGACUCAAUCAUCUGGCAACAGCUCUGGCAGACAUUUCUGCAGUCAGCAUGCCAAUUGCACGCGCCCUCAAUUUGACAGCUGUGGCAUUGCGACAAAUGCACAUUUCAGUGCGGCCUCAUUGUCCUCAGCACAAGGUGAGCACGUGUC